AUGAGCCUCUUCGGUAUUGGCAGAAACCAGAGAACAUUCCGCCCAAAAAAAAGUACUCCUUCUGGAAGCAAGGGAGCUCAGCUUAGAAAACACAUUGAUGCGACAUUAGGUAGUGGAAAUCUGAGGGAAGCAGUAAAGCUACCUCCUGGAGAGGAUUUGAAUGAGUGGCUAGCUGUCAACACUGUUGAUUUUUUCAACCAGGUGAAUCUGCUCUAUGGCACCCUCACAGAGUUCUGUACUCCCGAGAAUUGUCGCACAAUGUCUGCAGGACCCAAGUAUGAAUAUCGAUGGGCAGAUGGUGUGCAAAUUAAGAAACCUAUUGAGGUAUCUGCUCCAAAGUAUGUAGAAUAUCUGAUGGACUGGGUUGAAACACAGCUUGAUGAUGAAUCUAUAUUCCCUCAGAAGCUUGACCUGUGGGAUCAUGAUGCAGGUUCUCCAUUUCCUCCCAACUUUAAGGAUGUGGUGAAGACAAUAUUCAAGCGUCUGUUCCGUGUAUAUGCUCAUAUUUAUCAUUCUCACUUUCAGAAAAUUGUGAGCCUCAAAGAAGAGGCUCAUCUAAACACCUGCUUCAAGCAUUUUAUACUCUUCACUUGUGAGUUUGGGCUGAUUGAAAAAAAGGAACUGGCUCCACUUCAAGAGCUUAUAGACACCAUUAUAUAUUAA